AUGUCAUUCCUACCGUCGUUUUCCUCCCUCGGCGCGUCUGCUGCUUCCCCUUCUUCGUCAUCAUCACACGUCACAUUUAAGCCAGCCUCGCUUUCCUACUUCACGAUCUUUUGCCCCGCGCUUAGACCCCCCAACAAGCGAGCCAGCGAACCGCCAAAUCAAGAUGCAUCCCAUACUUCUACCAGCGCGGACCAAGAAGCACGAGAGACAGCACGCGAAGCUUCGCAGAUCCUCUUCUACACCAGUAGAGCUCGUGCUGCUCUCAAAGAUCGAAUGUUGCGACAAAUCGGCGUAGCAAAAGGUAUGGUCGAGUUCUGCAAUAUGGUCUCAAAACCUAACGGUAGUGGACCAGCCGAAGUGCAGAGCAACGGCAAAGGUCGAUCGUGGAACGUUCACUCGAGUAAACGCCGCAUGUUGCUUGUCGAGGUUGAGCCGGGGAUAUGGGUACAUGCAAGCAUUGAUCUUCCCUACAGUAUAAGAUCGCCACCAUCAGUUGCAGAGUCAAACGCCAAGCUAAGCAUGGACCACCACGAUGCGCUGCUACCAGACGCUUGGCUAGAAGAAAGCAUUCGACGCGCAUGGGCAGACUGGGUACUGCUCAAUGGAUGUCCUGCCCACGUAUUGUCGCAAAAGGCAGGCAGAGCAGGCUUGGAGAGGUCGCUGGAAAAGUACUUCUCGGUUUGGGCAUGGAGCUGGGAUCUCGAGCUAGCGACCAACGCAGAUGUGGUUGAGCAGCCAAGUUUGUUCACCGAAUGUAUCGAGGGCUUUCCGGUGGUUCCUCGAGCCCCUCGGAGCAAGUUGAUACAGCUGAUGGGGUCAGAUACGGCGAAGAAGCUGAAAAGCGGAAAGCACGGGGAGCGGGAUGUGGUGGUGCUGUCCGAUACUUUGAUCCUGUGGCCACCCACCGACGCUGGUUGUCUCGAGUCGGAAGACGAAGAAGAGGGAGAUGACGAUUCAAGAUCUGCUCUCAGCCGAACCAAGGCGAACACCAAGCCAAACGAUUCUUCUCCGUCACAGCAGGUCAUUGAUCCGCAAACAAAAGCUGAGCUACUUCGACGGGUAGUCAGCCACCUUACAGGACUCGAACGGGAACGAGAUCUGAUUCGCGCCGCCUCGGUCUCGAACACCAGCGAUGCACGCAAACGCGGAACUUCUGGGGCGAUACGAGAACGCGCCAGUACUAACAUGAACAAACGAGACAUGCGCAACGGUCUGCUCUCUGCUGGCGGCGCCAACAAAAAGCGCGUCGUCUCUUCGCCUACCGUGCAACAACGUGUGACAAGCGCAUCGGGCUUCACUUCUUCCACCUCGGAAGACUCGACAAAAUGGUCGAAUUGGGGAAGCAUUUUUAGUGGUCUAGGGAAGCUCGGACUUCGUGGCAACGCUGAUACUUCAAUGCAGAGCGAUACGGAUAGUAAAGCGGCUGCAGAUGGGAUGCCGAAGGAUGAUCCUGAGGUUGCGGACCUUUCGAUUGUCACCUCUGAACACAUUGAAGCUGAUACGAGCGUUGCUGAAGCAGCAGCGCCUUGCUCUUCCUCGCCGGUAGAAGCGCCUAGCAAUGGCAAAGAUGCGAGUGCGGGAGAAGGGCGAGAGUCAUCGAGUCCAUUGCACCUGUUUCAACAGAGAUUGAAGGACGCUAUACCCAUACAAGAGGCAGGAGGCAAGAUGUGGAAUGGCGCCGAACUGGUUGUCCGUGGCGUCAGCGCUUCGCUUGGGCUAACGAAAGCAUCGACUGGUAGCGUGCAGCAGGACCAGGCCGAUACGUCGGUCCAGAACACCCUGUCUAAUCCUGCACAGGAUGCAGACGUCUCUGAUACGGACCGCUUCGCGGAUGCGUCGUUCGAUACGAACGGAGCGGAAGCAGACGCCAGCGUGGUAACCAAAGUGUCGAUCUUGGAGCCUGAGGUGGAUGUCAGCCAAUUGGCAGAGGCUUUAGGUGUCGACCAAGAUGCAGCCAUGACAGCGAGACAAGUGAUGCCAGCGAUGCAACCAGCGAACAAUUCGGGAGCUGAUUCGUCGGUCGAUGACAAGGAGGCUGGUCAGCAGAAAGGGCAAGCGUUGAAGCUGGACACACAUUCGGUACCGACUGAGUCAUCAGAAAGCGGCGCCAUCUCGCCUGCAAACGAGACACAUGCCUCGGACGCCGCAUCGAUCCGCACAAGUGCGAGCGCUAAAGCAUUUCCAUCGAUCUCGGUGACUUCGGCGGCGUGGUACAACACGAAAGCUCUGCGAUCUGAUGCAGCAGCAGCCUCUCCAAAGCUGGCUACUGCUGCUUGCAUCGUGCACAGCGCCUUCGAAAAGCCAAAUGCCGACUGUAAGGAUACACCUGAGCCGGUGGAUACGUCGCUCAGUGGUGCGUCGGUGCAAUCGGAGCACCACGACUUUGAGCUGGAUGGGUGGGGCUACGAGCAACCGCAGGCUUUCCAGAGUUUUCGAUGCUAUGUUGGAGAGAGUGAUGUGACUAUCUCGUAUGAGAGUCUGGCGCUGCUGCAGAAAGAUCCAUUCGAGUGUGACGAAUAUCGGGUUUCGUUCACCACACGACGCUUGCUGACGUUGGUGCUGAUCGAGCGAGUGCCCUCAACCACUGGGCCGACACUAGCUGCACCGGAAUCGGAUCCUGUUGAUGCACUCGAAGACGCGUGGCAAGUGCUGCGUCGAACACAGCGCAUUCUCAACGACUACGACCGCAUUGCCAAAAGAAAAGGGCAAGACGAGGAUCCGGCGGUUCGAUUUCUGCACCUGGAUGGACCGACGUUGACCGUACAGUCUUCGCUCGAGGACGCAGCGAACAAGAUGGAGCCGGACGUUCAAGUAGUAGCCGAUGCACACUGCGUAUCAGCGAUGGAACUCAUGCGUCGUCACGGAGUGGUAGAAACGUUUUCGCGCUCGAGCAACGGUAAGACGUGGACCGCGAGUCGACAGGGCACCGCCAAGACCAAGGGGCCACAGAAUCAGACAUACAUGGUGUUGGCGGGCAAGAAGAUCAGCAUCGUUGACUGCGAUACCGAGCUCAGGAAGUUGGCAAAUCAGUAUCCUAGUUUUGGUAUAUGA